ACAACCACCUUUAUGCGCCUACAUUUUACAGAAUGUAACCAGGCGUGCCCGGGUGAUCGUUCGAGACUUGAACCCGGACGAAUCUGCAAAAAACCGUGCACGUCGGACGCUAAUUGCAGAGGCGCUCUGAAGCGAUGCCGAUGCGAUUCGUUAUGUGGCAUGACAUGUUUUAAUCCAGACCUGAUAUGCGACCCACUGGAAGCAUUCGAAAACGGCGAUAUCCUCGGCCGACGUGGACACGGGGAAACUGUUACGUAUAGAUGCAACUUUGGAUACCAUUUGGAUGGGGACUCGCGAAGGACAUGUUGGGCAGACAAGAAGUGGACCGGUCGUGCCCCACGCUGCAGACGGGGCUGCAGGCCGCCAAGACCGACCGAUACAGGAUACGCAAACUCUUUUGAUAACUUCUAUGAAGUAGGCGCCGUAGUAAACUACGUGUGCCGUAUUGGUUAUAUUAUAAGUGGAGACGCUCAGAGUCGAUGCCAAGAAAAUGGCUGGUGGUCUGAGCUACAGUUUCGUUGUCGUAUUAUUGUAUGUGAUGAACCUCCGCUUGUAGCCAAUUCUAGACGGAAUGGGACAUCAUUUGAAUUCGGUCGACGAGUCCGCUAUAUAUGUAACCAAGGUUACGAGUUAGCAUCAGAAUCUGGCUGGUUGUUAUGUGAUACAACUGGGGAAUGGUUUGGAACUGUACCAAGAUGUGAUCCUGUCAGUUGCCUGGCACCACAAAAUCCAGUAAACGGCCGUGUAAUUACAAAUGGUGUACAGUUCACAUACGGCAACCGUGUUCGUUACUCCUGUUCCCGCCAGUUUAAACUGGUUGGCCCAUCAGAAAGUACUUGUAAUGCAGAUAGGAAUUGGAGUCCGGCCCCCACAUGCGAAGUGGACAUUGAUUGCAAUUUUCAAGACACAAGCAGGGCUACGUGCGGCUGGCUCAACAAUGGUGUUGCAUGGGACCAAGUAAUACAUGGUGCAGAUGUUUACUACCAUGCUCGUUUUUCUCGUGGUAAUGUUGGAACAACUUCAAAAAGUAUUUUGAUAUCACCAUUUGUGUCCGCUAGCUCAAAUCAGUGCUUCAAGUUCCAUUACAGACUAGUUCAAAUUUCUUCGUCUUCUGAUUUUGUUGUAAAUAUUAUUGAUGGCAAUUCGAGAAGUCAAAUUUGGUCAUGCAAUGAAUCAGAUGAACUUAAUGCAUGGCUGAAUACAGACAUUGCUAUUCUGCCAAGACAGACAAACUAUCAAAUUGAAAUAGUGGUCGCUAAAAGUACAGUCUCUUCCAUUCGAAUUGAUAUCGACAAUUUAAAAGUUACAGAAAACGGGAAUUGUCAAAACGAAUGUGAACCAGUUUCACCCUGUUUAAAUGGUGGACAAUGCUUAAAUCGUAUCGGUUCUUUUAAAUGUAUUUGCCCAGCUGGAUAUAGAGGCCUUACCUGCUCACAAGAAAUCACAUGUCUACCACCAGCGGCACCUGUAGGGGGGUCGGUUUCACCUGGAGGUCGAAUUCGAAUUGGGAACAGUGUAACAUAUUCUUGCUCUGCUGGGUAUAUAUUACAAGGGGAAAGCAGGAGAACAUGUACGAGUGAAAACAACUGGUCACACAUUGCACCUUUGUGCUUACGUCAGGAAUGCAAUGAACGGGUUAUUGAGUUUGGUUUUACAGUACCAAGCAAUAGACCUACAUUUCAACCUGGUGAAACGGUUCAGUUUUCCUGUAACUCCGGCUACAGUUUGUCUGGUGCAAGUCAUGAUACUUGUAGUCAUACAACUGGUGAUUGGAACAACCCUGCGCCAACAUGUAUACGAAUUGUCCCUGGCUACACCCGGUGUCCACCAGGUUACCUAUAUAGAUCUCCAUACUGUUACAAGGUAUACACAGAGGGUCGUACAUACGCAGAUGCUACUACUAUUUGCCAAAGGGAUGGUGCCCAUCUGCCUAUAAUUAUCACUGAUGAGAUGUUAAUAAUGGUGAAGGCUAUACAUAGCAAUACAUGGCUUGGUUUGGAUGAUAUAAAUGAAGAGGGAAUUAUUAAAUGGAGUAAUGGUGUCCUCAUGGUACAACAAUUUGGAAAUGUAAGAAGCAGCAACACAAACCACAAAGACUGUGCCUUGAUGUAUAGAAACUGGCGUUGGCUUGGGAAUUUUCAAUGUACGAGUGCAACACAAGACACAGAUUUGUGUGUAUGAAAUAUGAAGCUCUUGCCACCCCUGUGCGGUUGACAAUACAUCAACCUAAUUCGCUUACUUUCCUUUCUGGUGUAUAUGAGCCAGAAGAAGGUAGAAUACAAAGAGGAUCUCCAAUUUAUAAAGCCAGGAAUGGUGCAACAUUCAAAGCAACUGGAGAACUUCCUGGUGGAGAAGCGAGGUAUUGGAAUGUUAUGGACAGUCGUAACAUCCAACAAAUUGUAAUUCUGACAACUGCAAAAUAUCCGCAAGAAGUCGCUAUUACGAAUAUUAGGUAUUGGGUCAGUGGCCAGCCAGGGACACAACAGUUACCUCCUGGAAGACGUGUGCGAAUGGAAAUUAUUUCUUACUUUAAAUGGAGACCAUGGGCACAGUGGAGCCCCUGUGGCGCCACAUGUGGCGAGGCUUUUCAAAUUCGACGACGAAUAUGUGAUGGUAGCACCCCUGGUACAGUUUCGUGUCCUUAUCCUGAAAUAGAACAUAGAAACUGCAACUUGGCUGUUUGUGUCGAAAAUUUUUGUGAUCCAAAUCCAUGUCAACAUAGUGGAAAUUGUGUGAACUCUCAAGAGGGUUUUACUUGUGACUGUACGGCAGGCUACAGAGGAACAAGAUGCGAAACUGAAUCUGGACCCUGUGACCCUAAUCCCUGCCAGCAUGGUGGUACAUGUGCACACAUUAACGCAAGACAAUACAGAUGUCUUUGCCCAGGCAACAGAGAAGGCGACCGCUGUCAAACUGCGGUUAACCCUUGCCAGAGUAAUCCUUGUCUCAAUGGAGGCACCUGUACACCAGAAGCGGAAAGCUACCGAUGCAGUUGUACAACACUUUACAGUGGAAAUAACUGCCAAACAAGUAAAACUACAUUUUACC